GAGACUUUUUUAUGUGUCUUACUUUGUAUUAUGAUUAUAAUUUAUUAAGGUUAUUUUGUCAUUGUAGAGACUAUGCAGUACAUAAUAAUGUAAUACUGUGUUUGACAGAAACUGGAUGUGUAAUGAUGCAUGUAGUGGUUUACUCAAAUUCACAUAUGUAAAGUGGACACAGAUGUUACUACCCCUCAUUCUUUUUGACUUUUAAAACACAUCUUUGUCAUGAAAUGUUUCACCUGGCAAAAUGCAGUGGCUUACCUUUUAUGUUUUCCUUUUGGAUUUUAGCAAUCAAUUCUUUUUCAAAAUCACCUGCUCAGCAUCUGAAUUUAGCUUGCAGGGAGAUUAUUUGUUGGGUGGGUUAUUUUCAUUAAAUAACGUUUUUCCAGCAGUACAUCAGUCCUACCCAGUGGCCCUUGAGUGUUACAGAUAUCGUUUUGAUGUGGCAGCUUAUCGGAUGUUUGAGAUGAUGAGGUUUACAGUAGAAGAGAUUAAUAACUCUUCCACCCUCCUACCUAAUGUCUCACUCGGCUAUGAGAUCUUUGACCAUUGUUCAGAUAUGCAGAAUUUUCCCUCUGUGUUGAGUUUUAUCUCUGAGAACGGAUCCAUUCCAGUUCAGAGAUAUUUAAACAAAUAUAAACCUAAAGUAAUUGCUAUGACAGGGCCAUAUGGAAGCACUAGUACAAUUACAGUGGCACCUUUACUCACAUUGGCCCUUGUUCCAAUGGUGAAUUAUGGAUCAUCAAGUUAUCAACUGAGUAAUAAAAAAGUGUACCCGUCGUUUUUAAGAACACUGCCUAGCAACAAAAACCUGAUAGAUAUAAUUAUUCACAUUAUUAAAUGGUUUGGAUGGAACUGGGUUGCCUUUAUUGGCAGUCAGGAUGUCUACAGCCAAAAUGGCUUGAAUUUUUUUUCCCAAUAUGCCAAAAAAAAUAGCAUCUGUUUGGCCUAUCAGGAAUUACUUAACCAAACCUCUAACUACACUUCCACACUGAGUACAAUUGAAAAACGCAAGAUUAACGUCAUAGUGGUGUUUUCGUCCCAAGAUGUAGCAAUAAACUUAAUCAGAGAAGCUAUAAAGAACAACAUCAGAAAUAAGGUUUGGAUUGCAGGUGAGGCAUGGUCUAUGAAUCAGCAGCUUCCUAAUGAACCAGGAAUACAAAACAUUGGGAACAUUUUUGGCAUUACAGAAAAGCUAAUGUCUUUUGAUGGAUUUAAGCAGUUCAUCUACACCAGACAAAGUGAUGAAAACAGCAAUGACGAAAGUCAUCCUCCUCAACCAGUAAAAAAAAUGUGUAACCAAGACUGUGUUAACUGUUCACUGUUGAGUUCCGAGGAAAUUUUAAAUGAAAAUCCCACAUUUUCUUUUCCAAUUUAUGCUGCGAUCUACACUAUGGCAAAUGCAUUACACAAAGUUCUACACUGUGAUGCAAAUGGUUGCAACAAAAGCAUUCCAGUUUACCCAUUCAUGCUCUUGAAGGAAAUGAAGACACUGGAUUUUCUUCUUAAUGGCCGUAAAGUAAAGUAUGAUCAAAAUGGUGAUCUACCUGUCUUUUAUGAUGUGGUCUUCUGGCGCCUUGAAGCCAGUCCUCCGGUUUUUGAGAGAAUUGGCACAUACAACUCAUAUCCAGAAAUUACUUUCACCAUCAACAACUCCCUUAUAGGCUGGGACAGUGAUGCCUCUGUUCCUUUUGCAAACUGCUCAGUUGAAUGUAUGGAGGGAUUCAGAAGGGAAGAGGACCAAAAUUAUGCAUGCUGUUUUCAGUGUAAGAAGUGUGCAGAAAACACUUAUGUAAACUAUGAACGUAAGUAUUCUGACCUGCACUUAUAAAUUAUUCUAAAGUAGGAGUUUGGUUUUGCAGUAUGAGCUUUUAUUCACAAAGCAUCUCAGUAAAACUUCCAUGUCAGCGCAUUUUUAUUCUCCAAGCUAAUCCACAAAACACUAUG